GCCUCCGCCGCCGCCGCGCGCUGAUACCACACCCGCAGCCAGCCCACUCCAAACCACCGAGACAAGGAACACACUUUGGACUCGUCGUCAGUGACAAAGGUCGUGACUGCCGCCGCCGCACACAACUUCCCGCAUCUCUCCUUCCCCACACUUUCACUUUGUUGUCCAUCACCUGCCUCCUCUCUAACCGCACCACUCUCAGGCCCUAAAAGACUGCCAACCAUGGCUCUCCGCUCGCUCGCCCGUGCGCCCCUCUCUACGCGCUCGACCGUCGCUCCCCGCGCGGUCGCCCGCCUCGUUCGCCCCACCGUGCAGCUCGCGUCCGCCCCCUCGACUUCGACUGCCUGGUCCCAGGCCGCCCGCCGCGCCUACUCGACCCCCGCUGCCCCCGAGCAGCCCGAGGCCCCCAAGCCCGAGAAGCAGUACAAGCCUCCUGGACGCUUCCGCCGCGGUCUCCAGACUUUCGGCCGCGUGACGCUCUUCGCGAUCAUCACUGCUACUGGUGUUUUCCUCCUUGUGACCCAGUCCGAGGCCCACCCCGGAGAGCAGCUCCCCCAGGACCCCUCCAAGCCCACCGUCGUCGUUCUCGGCUCGGGCUGGGGUGCUACCUCGUUCCUCAAGAACCUCGACACUGAGGAGUUCAACGUUGUUGUCGUCUCCCCCCGCAACUACUUCCUCUUCACUCCUCUCCUCCCCUCCGUCACUGUCGGCACCCUUGAGCCCCGCUCGCUCAUCCAGCCUACUCGCUUCAUCACCCGCCACAAGAAGCGCGACGUCCUCGUCUACGAGGCCGAGGCCCGCACUGUUGACCCCAUCAACAAGACUGUCACUUUCGAGGACAUCUCCGAGGUCAAGGGCAAGAAGGGCUCCGUCACCAUCCCCUACGACUACCUUGUCUACGCCGUCGGCUGCGAGAACCAGACCUUCGGCAUCAAGGGUGUCCGCGAGCAUGCCUGCUUCCUCAAGGAGCUCAGCGAUGCUGACAAGAUCCGCUCCAAGCUCAUGGACUGCAUCGAGACCGCUGCCUUCCGUGACCAGUCGCAGGAGGAGAUUGACCGCCUGAUGCACAUGGUUGUCGUUGGUGGUGGCCCCACCGGUGUCGAGUACGCCGGUGAGCUCCACGACUUCCUCAUCGACGACCUCAAGAAGUGGUACCCUGAGGUUGCCGACCGCCUCAAGAUCACCCUCGUUGAGGCCCUCCCCAACGUGCUCCCCGCCUUCUCCAAGCAGCUCAUUCAGUACACCGAGUCGACCUUCAAGGAGAACAAGAUUGACGUCCUCACCCGCACCAUGGUCAAGGACGUUGGCGAGACCUCGGUCACCGUCCAGGACGCCAACAAGGAGACCCGCGAGAUCCCCUACGGUCUCCUUGUCUGGGCCACCGGCAACACCUCGCGCCCCAUCACUCUCGACCUCAUGAGCAAGCUCCCCGCUACCCAGACCCAGCGCCGUGGUCUCGUCAUUGACGACUACCUCCAGCUCCUUGGUGCCCGGGAUGUCUUCGCCAUCGGUGACUGCACUGCUACCCAGUACGCCCCCACUGCCCAGGUCGCCUCGCAGGAGGGUAUCUACCUCGCCUCGGUCUUCGCCAAGCUUGGCCAGAAGAACAAGUACGAGCGCCAGCUCGCCGACCUCCGCGCCUCGGGCACCGCUUCCGCCGACGACAUUGAGAGCGUUGUCAAGAAGCUCAACCGCGCCACCAAGCUCACCCCCUUCCACUACUCGCACCAGGGCUCGCUCGCCUACAUUGGCUCGGAGAAGGCCAUUGCUGACCUCCCCCUGUUCAACGGCAACGUCGCCUCGGGUGGUGGCGCCGCCAUGCUCUUCUGGCGUUCGGCUUACGUCUCGACCCUCUACUCGGUCCGUAACCGUACCCUUGUCAUGACCGACUGGCUCAAGGUCAAGCUCUUCGGCCGUGACGUCUCUCGCGAGUAAACGGACGAUUUGCGUGUAUCGUAAACAUUUCUUGUUAAAGCUUCUUGGGUGUACGUUAGGUGUUCUUGACAGUUAGCCCUGGCCCCGGCCCCCAGCCCCAGCCCCACAACCCCCCACAUCCUUGUUCACAGUCAUCUACUGGAGCAAGUCAUGGCAAUAGAGUAUGCAGCC